AUGGAUUUUGAAGAUCAACUGUAUACUACCCUUACUUAUAAUAUGAACGAGAGAAUGAAUAACUCCAACUCCAACUCCAACUCCAACAACUCAAACAACAAUCACUUGAACAGCAUGCUCCAUCAUUUGAACAAUAGUUAUAAUAUGAAGGAGAGUGUAAACAAUCACGUGCUACACUACCACCCAUACGCCAAGCCCACCCCCACCAUCCAGGUGCCCCAACAUCAACUUCUCCACCCACAACAACAACAACAACAACAAUAUCCAAGCAUUUACCAAUCUCCACUCAUGUCCAUGGUGCCCAACUCAUCGCCAUUCGUGUCGCCACGCGGCUCCACCCCACCCCAACUGUUCCUCUGCUCCACGCCCACAAUGACCUCGAGCUCGCCAUCGAUUGGCGUCAGCUCCGACUCGAUCCGCCUCGAGUAUGGCGGCAGCCAGGGCGACCUCAGCGAGGCCACCUCGCCCAAGAAGAAUGGAUUCUUUGAGAUGACCGCCAACCUGCUCGACCUUUGCAAGAGGAUCGACAAUGAGCGUGGCGUCUCGGAGGAGAAGUCCAAGAUGCUCACGCUGCUGCACGACGAGCUGGACAUCAUUGUCAAGCGCAUCAACAAGGUCAAGAAGAACAAGCUGCCCUACGCGCCAAUAUUGCCAGAGAAGGCCAAGAGCGACUUUAUCGAUCUGCGUCCACGCCGCAACAGACGCUGCAAGUUAGUGCAGAAGGAGAACGAGGACAAUUUGCAGUGCUUGAGAUGUGGCACCAAGGAGUCGCCAGAGUGGCGCAAGGGUCCAGAUGGAUGCAAGUCAUUGUGCAACGCCUGUGGACUAUACUACGCCAAGACCAAGAAGCGCGAGUCAGAGUUGAGUGAUAGCAAUGGCAGCAUCAACAUCGCCUCUUCCACUCAACAGUUGGUCACCAAGAAGCAAGCACCAUUGAGCAGCAUUAUCAACAGUGGCAGUGGUAGCAACAGCAGCACUUCGUUGAUCAGCAUCAAUAGUUUGAUCAACAAU